UAGCCUAUUUUCAGAAAAUUACUUUGAAGCUAAAUGUCAAUGGUGCUGUCAACACUGGCUAUAUGUCACUCUGGUGCAACUGUCAGCUGAAUUUCUUACAUAACAUAACCUUUUUUUCUCUGUCUCACAGUCCACGAAAUUGUUAAAGAAUGGCCGCAAAACGUAUUGCCCAAUCUAGCAUUAACUGGAGUGCUUUGGCUGAACGUGUACCACCGUCACAACGUCUCAAUUUCAAUCAGUUCAAGUCCAAAAGUGACAAAUACUUGAGAAGUGUUAUCACCAACCCUGAAUCCGCUCCGAAAAUCGACUGGGCUUACUACAAGUCUCGCAUUGCCGUUCCUGGAUUGGUCGACACAUUCCAGAAAAACUACGAAGCCGUCAAAAUUCCAUAUCCACCGGACAACGUAACAUCCCAAGUUGUCGCCCAGGAGAGUCAAGUGAAAGCUGAUAUUCAGCAAUUCAAAAGCGCUUCGGAUGCUCGAAUCAACCAGCACCAAAAAUCGAUCGAGCAUUUGAAGUCAUUGUUGCCGUACGAAGAGAUGACCAUGGAAGAUUAUCGUGACGCGUUCCCGGAUCUUGCUUUGGAUGCAAUCAAUCGGCCAACAUACUGGCCCCACGAUGCGGAAGAACAAGUGGAUAACAGUGCCAAGGCUGGCCAUCACUAAUUUUGAAAUUGCAGCAGUCCGACAGCGGUCAAUUUCUCGUCAUCAUUUAACAUAAAUAUCCUUCGAUGCUCUUUCAAUGUUUAUAACAUUUCGAGGAUAAUUAGUGGAAAUUAAAGCAUAAUUCAGCUAA